AUGGCGCAAGAUCUUCCCAUCACGUUUGGCGAAGUGCUUCACUUGAGCUCCUUGGGCGUGAGUCUGGACUAUGUCAAGUUUGGCACGACGACGAUGGAGUCGGACAAGUUUGUCUGCGUGUGCGAGCAAGUGAAUGGCCAGGCGAGUGUCGUGAUUGUGGACAUGGCAGCAGGCAACACGGUGCAGCGUCGGCCGAUCAACGCCGAGGCGGCCAUUAUGAACCCCGUGAGCAAAGUCAUUGCUCUACGUGCCGAGAACCAGCUGCAGAUCUUCAACAUGGAGCUACGGGCCAAGAUGAAGAGCCACUUGAUGAACGAGGCGGUGGUCUUUUGGCGCUGGAUCUCUGUCAACACCAUUGCUAUUGUCACUGCGUCUGCCGUGUUCCACUGGAGCAUUGAAGGCGACUCAUCUCCUGUCAAAGUCUUUGACCGCCAUGCCAACUUGGGGGCAGGGACUCAGAUCAUCAGCUACGAAGCGUCAGCUGAUAGCCAGUGGAUGCUUCUCGUGGGUAUCUCGCAGGGAGAAGGAGGUCGUAUUGUUGGCAAUAUGCAGCUUUACUCGAUGGAGAAGAAAGUGAGCCAAGUGUUGCUGGGACAUGCGGGCACUUUUGCCCAAAUGAAGCCCCCGGGCCGGACAGAUGACGCCCAGGUGCUGAUCUUUGCCGGCACCAAGGGCGACAGCCAGCCCACGCAGCUAUUUAUCAUGGAGGUCGGACGGGACCGUGAUGCCCCUGGCGGCGUCUUUCGUCUGCCUCCUCAGCCGAUCCCUUUUGCUGCAGACGCACAAGCUGAUUUUCCUGUAUCGAUGCUUGUGACUCCUGGCGACGACAUUGUUUACAUGAUCACGAAGAUGGGGUAUCUCUUCUUGUUUGAUACGCACUCAGGCAAGCCCGUGUACCGUGCUCGCGUGUCACAGGACACGACAUUCGUGACGUGUCUCGAGUCCAAGACAAAGGGUAUGCUUGGCAUUACGCGCCGCGGGCAAUUGCUGCACUUUGCAAUCAACAAGACGAAGCUGGUGCCGUACGUGGUAAACACGCUGCGCGACUCGCAGCUAGCUUUGUCGUUGGCAACGCGACUGGAUCUCCCGGGUGCUGAAGAGUUGUACUUCACCGAGUUCAAUCGUCUGGUGAGUGUAAACGAUAUCCAGGGUGCAGCCCGUCUAGCAGCCGCUUCUCCUCAGGGCGCUCUUCGCACGCCGCAAACGAUCCAGCGCUUCCAGCAGAUGCCUGCUCAGCCAGGCCAGCCCCAGCCCAUUUUGCAGUACUUCAGCGUCCUGCUUGAGAAGGGCACACUGAACAAGAUGGAGUCGAUUGAGCUAGCGCGUCCCGUGCUGAUGCAAGGUCGCGGCCAGCUGUUGCAGAAAUGGCUGUCCGAGGACAAGCUCGAGUGUUCGGAGGAGCUUGGUGACCUUGUCGCUCAGUCCGACACCACUAUGGCCUUGUCAGUGUAUUUGCGCGCUGAGGUCCCUGAGAAGGUGAUUAACUGCUUUGUCCAGCGUGGCGACUUCGACAAGAUUGUCGCUUAUGCCGUCCAGACCAAUUACCGCUGCGACUACACAUUCAUGCUUCAGAACUUGGUCCGUGCUAACCCACAGGGAGCUCUGGACUUUGCUCAGAAGCUGGCGGUUGCAGAAAAUGGCCCACUAGUGGACGUCAACGCUGUUGUCGACAUUUUCAUGCAAGUAAACCGUAUCCAAGAGACGACCGCAUUUUUGCUGGAGGCCCUGAAGAAUAACCGUCCUGAAGAGGGGUACUUGCAGACGCGUCUGCUGGAGAUCAAUUUGCUGGGCGGCUCGCCACAGGUAGCGGACGCCAUUUUGUCGAACAACAUGUUCACGCACUACGACAGACCUCGCAUCGCUGCCUUGUGCGAAAAGGCUGGCUUGUUCCAGCGUGCUCUGGAACACUACACGGAGCUGCCCGACCUGAAGCGCGUGAUUGUGAACACGCAGGCGAUCAAUCACGAGUUCAUCGUGACGUUUUUUGGAACACUGACGGGUGAAAUAUCGAUGGAGCUUAUCAAUGCUCUGAUGGCACACAACAUGCGUCAAAACCUGCAGAUUGUUGUGCAGGUGGCCACCAAGUAUGCCGAGCAACUGGGUGGUAAAGAGCUUGUGGGGGUGUUCGAGACGUUCAAAUCGUUCGACGGACUCUACUUCUUCCUGGGUUCGAUUGUGAACUUUUCGCAGGACCCUGACUUGCACUUCAAGUACAUUGAAGCUGCUACGAAAAUGGGCCAGUUCAAGGAAGUAGAGCGCGUGUGCCGCGACUCUUCUGUGUACGAUCCGGUCAGAGUGAAGGAGUUUCUGAAAGAGUCUAAGCUGCAGGACCCGCGUCCACUCAUUCACGUUUGCGACCGCUACGAUUUUGUAGAGGAGUUGACGCAAUACUUGUACUCGAACAACUUGAUGAAGUACAUUGACGUGUAUGUGACCAAGGUUAGCCCACAGAAGGCACCCAUUGUCAUCGGCAAGCUACUGGACCUAGACUGCAACGAAGACUACAUCAAGAACCUGCUGAACCAGAUUGCCCAGUGCCCCGUAGACGACCUGUGCGAGCAAGUUGAGAAGCGCAAUCGCUUGCGUCUGUUGCAGCCGUGGCUUGAGACACGCGUUGCCCAGGGAAACACCGAGACGGCAACUCACAACGCUAUCGGCAAGAUAUACAUCACGCUGAACAAAGACCCACAGCAGUUUUUGAUCAACAAUCAGUUCUACGACUCGGAUGUUGUCGGUAAGUUUUGUGAGAAGCUCGAUCCGGCACUGGCGUACCUGGCAUACCGUCGCGCGGGCGGAGCAUGCGAUGACGACCUUGUUCGCGUGACGACGGAAAAUGGGUUGUUCAAGGAUCUAGCGCGCUACUUGGUCGAGCGUCAGGACCUGGAUCUAUGGGGCAAGGUGCUUGUCAAGCAAGAAGAAGGCGAGACAGAGUCUCCCAGCCGUCGUGCUUUGAUCGAUCAGGUGGUGCAGACAGCGCUUCCGGAGACGACCAACCCAGACGAAGUGUCGACUACCGUGCGCGCAUUCAUGAACGCCGAACUACCGAACGAGCUGAUUGAACUGCUCGAGCGCAUCGUUCUUCAGGGUACGGACUUCUCGGCAAACAAGAAUUUGCAAAACCUGCUGAUUCUGACCGCAAUCAAGGCCGGCAAGGAGAAAGUCAUGGACUAUGUGAAUCGCUUGGACAACUUUGACGGCCCAGAGAUCGCUCGUAUUGCCGUGGGUGAGCAGUACCAGCUCUACGAGGAGGGUUUCGUCAUUUACAAAAAGACAAACCACAACGUCGAGGCAAUCGGUGUGCUGUUGGACUACAUCAAGGACAACGAACGUGCCUACGAGUUUGCUGACCGCUGUAAUGAACCCGACGUGUGGUCUCGCUUGGCUAAAGCCCAGUUGGAGCAAGGUGAGGUGCACGACUCCCUGUCGGCCUUCAUCAAGGCGAACGACGCCAGCUCGUAUGUCAAUGUGAUUGCCGCUGCUGAGCGCAUCGACAAUUACAACGAGCUGAUUCCGUACCUGAAGAUGGCGCGCAAGACGGUGAAAGAGCAGCAUCUGGACACGUCGCUGAUAUAUGCGUACGCUAAGACAGAGAAGUACUCGGAUCUGGAAGAGUUCAUAUCUUCUCCGAACGUGGCGCAGAUCCAAAACAUUGGAGAGCGAUGCUACGAGGAAGGCAUGUACACUGCUGCAAAGCUGCUGUUCCAGAACAUCAACAACAACGCUAAGCUCGCCAUUUGUUACGUGCGCCUCGACAAGUUCCGCGAGGCCGUGGAUGCCGCUACCAAGGCCAACUCUGUGGGAACGUGGAAGGAAGUCAACUACGCUUGUGUGGACGUGAACGAGUUCCGUCUUGCUGCCCUGUGUGGUUUGCAUAUUAUCGUCCACCCGGACCACCUGGAAGAGCUUAUCCUGCACUACGAGAAACGUGGUCAUUCAACGGAGCUGCUUAAGCUAAUGGAACAAGGCCUGGGUCUAGAAGGCGCGCAUGCCGGCAUCUUUACCGAGCUGGCGAUUCUGUACUCGAAGUACAUGCCAUCGAAGCUCAUGGAGCAUAUCAAGAUCUUCCACUCGCGUAUGAACGUGUCAAAGAUACUCCGUGCUUGCGAGAAGGGCUUGCACUGGGACCACGCCGUAUACUUGUACAAGGAAGACGGCCAGUUUGACAAUGCUGUCCGCACCAUGGUCGACCAUCCAGUCGCAUUCUCGCACGACCUCUUCCUGGACUGCAUUCAGAGGGUCCGCAAUCAGGAGAUCCACUACAAGGCGAUCAACUUUUAUCUGGAGCAGCACCCGCUUGAGCUAACGCGUCUCUUGCAAGUGCUGACCCCCAACCUGGACCAUGCUCGUGUCGUCCACCAGCUCCGCAAGUCGAAUAACUUGCCGUUGGUAGCGGAAUACUUGAAGGACGUACAGAAAGAGAACUUGUCGGCCGUCAAUGAAGCACUGAACGAAAUCCUGGUGGAGGACGAAGACUACCAGGCCCUCCGCGACUCUGUGGACGCAUACGAAAACUUUGACCAGAUUUCGCUCGCGCAAAAGCUGGAGAAGCACGAGCUGCUGGAGUUCCGCCGUAUCGCCGCUUACCUGUACCGCAAGAACAAGCGUUACCCGCAGUCUGUAAAGCUGUCAAAGGCCGACAAAAUGUACAAGGACUGCAUCGACUGUGCGAGUGACUCCGACGACCCGGAGCUCGCUGAAGACAUUCUGCGUUUCUUUGUGUCUGUCCACGACAAGGAGUGUUUCUGCGCGACUCUGUUCACGUGCUACAAGCUGAUUAAGCCUGACGUUGCACUGGAGCUUGCGUGGCGCCACGGCUACACGGACUUUGUGAUGCCCUACAUGAUCCAGUUUGUGAAGAACCUGAACGACAAGGUGAAGGUUCUCGACGAGCGCACACAGACGCAGCAGGAGCCGGAGACAGACGCACAGUCGCUGGACCCGGCGUACGGCAUGGGCGGUAUGCAGCCCAUGUUGGCCAUCGCGCCCACGGCUUUCAACGACCCAUCGGCACAAUACGGUAUGGGCAUGGCCCCAGGAAUGAACAUGGCGUUGGGAAUGCAGCCGAACAUGGGCAUGGGGGGGAUGCAGGCGAACCCGUACGCAAGCAGCCAAGGCAGCAUGGGGAGCAUGGGCAGUAAUCCCUACGGCGCGAGUGGUUACCAGUAUUAA